AUGGAGUCUCGACCUGAUUACCCCGGGGAGGAAAAGGACGUCAUGAUUACUUUUUCACUCCCCCCUCCGACCCGAUCCCCUUUGGCCCGGUCCCAUCUGCGCUCGCGUUCACUGGCGGGAAUCCCGGGCAUGCCCUCGAUGACGCGCGCCUACUCGUCUCCAGGGCUGGACUCCCGAGGUCGUUAUAUCUUUAUCAAUGGUCGGGCACCGGACGCAAAGCGAAAUCUACCCCUGCAGAUGCGCCCUGACGAUCACGUCGAAUCCCGCAUGGGCUCCCUGAACAUCUCAGAGACCAUCUCCGAGAACGCUGAACUCGAGACCUACCCUCGCUCGCCCUCGCAGUCUGGCUCGCCCGUCCUGAUGGCGCAGACUUUCCCCCGCAUCGGUCGCCUGCGCUCGACCUCCCCCCUUCCCUACAACUCCGGCCCCUUACAUUCCCCACCAGCUCUGGGGGGCAAGUACAACGAAGCGUACCCCGUGAAUUCGGGCUCCUCAGUCUCGUCCAUGUCAAUCCCCUCGACCCCAACCAGUCUCCGCUCCCGCAGCCCCAGCAUCUCCUCCCUGGAAACCAUCCCUGACAUCCCCGAUGCGGAAAACGAGGCAAUGGAAGACGACCGCAUCGCCGAGCUGAAAGCUGCAGCAGAUGCGGCCGACGCAGCCAGCAACGCCAACCGACGGCGUGGGGCAUCCGAUGCGCCCAACUCCUUCAGCACCACCCGCGGGGGAACCGGGAGCUAUGGAGCACGGAGCGACAAGCGCAAGCGAUGGAGUGUCUGCGGUGCCGAACGGCGACAGGACCUCGAUCUCGAAACCAUCUGGGAGGACUGA